CGCGUGCGCUGUAUUCUCAUUCAAGUGGCACACUGCUCUCUCCUUUGUUGAACCGGAUAAUAAAAUUUCGAAUUACUCGUACCAAAUCACAUGGGAAACUGAUUUUGGGUGUCUCAAAUCAAAUGUGUUGGAGUUGAAUGAACGAAUUUAUUUCCUUCGAUCAAGUUCUCAUCUGCGUAUGAUUUUCUAUAUAUCUCGUUCGAAGUUUCCAGAUAAGAUGUUAAAUCACUCAACUGUGUUAAGGGCUAAGUUUGAAACCACCGAUCCAUCCAUGGUGGUCCAGAAAUGUGGAAUACGCCUGGUCUAUGAGGAAGAUGCUGAAUGGUUUUCCAGUAUGACCAACUGGGUUGAAUCGGUUUGUAUGAGUGAACUUGGGGAUGAAGUCUUUGUACCGCAGUCUGCCUGCUGGUUUAAUCCAUCUUUGAAAUGGGAGAGAUGCAUUCCACCCUUGGAAGACGAAUCCACACGUGUGGUGCGAGAGAACGUUGAAUCUCUUCUUCCAAGAUACCUUGAGGGACUCAACAGUCGGUCUAAAAUGUUCGAAUUUAACCUCAGAGGAAGCCCAGGGUGGUUUGAGUUGUCUCACUGUCUCCCGGAUAGUAGGUCAAAUUCUGCCGCAGUGCCAAUUGAGAUGCCUCAAAAUCUACAGAAUAACAAGAAGUGGAUGGGAAUGGCAAUACACGCUUCACUUGUGGAGGAAGUGGGACGUCAGGAGGACAGCUAUUGGGUAUUUGUUGGACUCAAAGCAGGUGACGGAUUUGCUGACGUUUUGUUCCCAAAACCUAUGCACAUCAGGCCAUCGUCAGAAGAACGGCAUCAACUUUUGGUUUGUUAUAUACCGCGGGAACAGAUUCCAGAAGCGGCGCCAUCUCAGACAUUAACAACUGCUUGUGGGUUUUCCAUCAGAGUCAAAAGCCCUUGUGUAAAAGUUCAAACAUGUGGAUUCCGUAUUGUGUACCAGGAAGAUAUACAAGGGUUUGCUGAUACUAUUCUCCAGUGCAUUCAGAGGGAAGGUUCUCUUAAAGCUUACGAUAAGUGGCUGGAGGAGAGAAUGGCAGAGCGGGAUGACGCCCAUUUAGAGAGAAUGACAGAACGGGAUUCCAGAACCCCACGGGAGAAGUACUUUGACUUGCACUCGCAAAAAUAUAGAAAUUGGGACUGGUGUGACCCUCGUCCUCUUUCUCGUUGCUUCGAGAGAGGUGAAAUUUUCAGGUCGAAAUGGUUCAUGCCUUUCAUCAACCAAGGAAACUCUGCAGAAAUCCAGCUGCCUCCGAAUCUCUUCGAUGAUGAUAAUUGGUUGGGGUUUGCCGCAUGUUCUGGGUUGUCCAACAACCAAUAUCCAAACAUUGGUCUUGGCAGCAGUAGCAGUUCUGGUCCUGAUCCAGAGGAGUAUGUUAGACUUACUUACCGUCUGGACUCUGAUGUUGCAUGGCACGGGUUAUUUGAUAUCAUGAUGAAGGAAGAUAUUAAGUAUCACAAGCUAUGUGAAUAUGCGACUGAUUUCAUUUAUAUUCCGCGCAAAGUUCUUAAUAAGGUCUGGAGGCAAAGCAAACUGGCCAGGAUAACUAUCUCGUUCUCUAGCCCAUGCUUAGCAGUGCAAAGCUGUGCCCUUCGUCUACUAUUUAAGGAGGACGUUGAACAUCUGGUAGAAACAUUGACCCUUGCCGAAUUACCUUGAACAUCCCUCAGCAGAUGCAUCUGCUCAAUCAUGAAGAUGGUAACUUGUGAAUAGGCUUUUGCUUAGAUUAGUCAAAGUCAUAACUUCGUAACUUCUCAAAAAUGUACAGACUUAUCUGCAUCACAUAGCUUGUUCCCAUAUAUCAGCUAAACAUGUAACGCCAGAGUAAUGCAUAGUGAUCAUAGCUUUUAGCAAAGUAAAGCGUCUGAAACUAUGAGAAGGUUUCAUACCUUGACUAUCCCAGCUUUGGAUCUGGUGAUCAUUUAUUGUGUACCUGCAUUAGCUGAAUAAAUGUGAUAACACAGGUUGAACAUUAU